AUGUAUACGCCGCCGCGAAUGAGUACUGAGAUUUCUUGGCUGAAUGAUCAGUCGCCAAUCGGUUCUGAAACCCCCGAAAAUGGCACCCCCACAUUGGUGAACCCUGCAUCAGCUCUAUUACAAGAUCUACUGCAUGAGCAGCGUGCGCAUCGAGGCUCCCGAGGGCCUGCGUCUGUGAACUGGGAGGAUGAUAAUGGUCCACGGACCCCCAAGGGCGCCGGGGUGCAGGAUGACAGUGCUUCCGAGAAGGCACGGAAAAUCAGCGAUGCUCUCUCGUCUGGUCUGAGACAGCCGCGAGAGAUGGGAAUGCGUGAAAUGGACCAGUAUAUUUCCAAAAUCAACAAGCUCAACUUUGAUUUGAAGCUCGAUAUUUUCCAUCGCGCGCAGCAGAUGGGGUUUAUGGAGAAGAAACUGGUGCGCAUGCAAGAGAUGGAAGAUGAGCUCGAGCGGUUACGCGGGUUGGAAAAAGAGGUCCAGAAGCUUCGGGCCGCCAAAAAAGAUAACGAAGGACUUCGUGCCUCGAACGAGCAACUGCACCGGGAGAUUGAAAAGCGAGACCAAGCGGUAACUGAGGCUGUGGAAUUGAUCUGCCAGCUGGAAGCCAAGAUCGAAGAGCUCGAGACCAGUGGACGAUCCUCUCGGAUGUUUGCCCUGGAUGACAUGGACGUGCCGACGCCGAAAGCCCAGGAUUUUGUCGUCGAUGUCCCGGAGAGGAUUUCGUCCAAGCGAGGCCAGAAGAAGCAGCGAUCCACUGAACCUCGCCAGCUCACCAAAGCCCCUUCGUUUCUACGGGACGACCACAAAAGCACGGCCACCCUGCGCAGUCUAUAUGCUCCGGAGACCAACGGUUCGACACUGAGCCAGCUUACCAAGUCAGAGAGCUUCCAGACAAUGAACGACACAGCAGAGCCCGGAUCGCCCCGAUUGAGUGUUCUCAGCGAAUGCAGUGAACUGAAUCCGUUUGAUACCCCGUCGAGGUGGGACGACUUCGACCAGCUCGAAAUCCCGGUCCGGCAAGAAGCAGCGUUAUCAAGCACUGCAAGCCUGGACAGCUACGUGCCUCCGAUGCACCGAGAGGAAAGCAAAGAAGAACAGAUCGAUCGCUGGAUGAAGUCACGGUCCGACAUGUCCCAGACUAUCAUUGCCAGACGGAAGAAUCGAACCUUGUCUGAUGCAUCGAAGAAAGACAGUACCAGCUUUGAGAGUGUCUUCAAGUCUAGCCCACGCCCGCAGCUGGACACGGUUUUUGGGGGUGCGCGACUGCCUCCCACGCCCGACACGAUGAGCACAGCCUACGCCGCCGUGCACAAUGGCUCGAAUGGAAGUGUUGUAGUCGACAAAAGUCCCCGGCUGAAGAAGACCACAUUGUUUAGCGGGCCGCGGCUGGACCGGCCUCGGUCUGCAGACGAGCUCACGGCCAAGCAUAGCUUCAACAGUGAGAUCACAGACAGCAUGCAGACAAACUGCAGCGAUACGCCUCGGCUGGGAAUGACCAUUGCCGAGUCUCCCACUAUCUUCACCUUCAACACCGUCGCUGCUAAAGCCAGCGCGCUUCUUGGACCCGGAAGCCCUAACAACGUCCAAUCAUUUGCUGAAUCCCUACACCAUCGCCAAGAAUCCAAGGAUCCUUCUAAGGAGGAGGCACGGCCGGCUCGUGCUACUCUCAAGAAGCGAAAUCCCAACCCGCCAAAAGUUGCUACUCCAGAACGGCAUCCGCCGCAGCACGACCCAUCACCUCCCCUAACACCUCAAGAUUGGCUAGCAGCCGCAUCGCAAAGUCCUCAGUCUCGGAAGGAGCGGACUCACGAAAGCCAGCCCCAAGAGACGCAGGCUGAGCCCACGCGCAUCGUCAGCCGAGCUGCGUUCCAUGAUGCUCACAGCAUCGAUUCCUACCCAAGCGAGUCCGAGGCCUCAAUCAUCCCAACGCUGGACAUGCACGGCCUGGACCUGUUGCAGCAACCCGUCCCUGUCUCCGCCCCCGUCCCUGUCUCCGCCCCCGUCCCUGUCUCCGCCCCCGUCCCUGUCUCCGCCCCCGUCCCUGUCUCCGCCCCCGUCCCUAUAUCUGAGCCGCAGAAAGAGCAAGACCCAGCUCCCCGCCGACGCCUCAGUUUUCGUCCCCGAUUCUUCAACCGCUCCACCGGCGGCGGACCGCGCCGUCUCCAAUCCUCGCCCGUGGGCCCCGAUUUCAUGGACGACGACUCCGAAGACGGCGCCCCGUCGCCCAACAUCCCGAAAACGAGAAAUCCACCCAGUGCAUCCCGCCGUGCUACAUCCCAUCUCCUAAUGAACCCCGACGGAGACCAACAGUCUUACACCUACUCCUCCAGCGUUCCCACCGCCGAAGAAGGAUUCUACCAACUCGGCUCAAAAGCCCUGCCCCGCUCUUUCACCGAGUCAAACAAUAUGAUCAUGACCUCCUCACACGCAUCGGCCUCAACCUCUAACCGUCCCUCAACCUCCCACAGCAUGGACCACAAGCGCCGCACCAGCUCGCUCGGCAUCUUUGGCUGGAUGAAAGGCGUCAGCGGGAAACGCUCGGAGCCCGCAACCCCCAUAAUUGCGGCAGAUAUGAAAGAACCGCGUACGCUGUCGCGUCUUUCGGCGUAUGAGAAUAAUGAUCACCAAUCUUCUCCUUCUCCUUCACCUUCGGCUUCGCCGCUUGUGCGCACGUUUAGUGUGGAGAACAUGGAGGCCCCUGUUGUCAGGCCGAGACCUGCGUCUGCAGCUGCGGGUCAGUUUGAGGAGCAGGCUCGGAAGCCAAGGUAUAUGGGUCGGAGGGCCAGAAGGGGGUGA